AUGCCACAGCAACUGAGUGCGAAAGAGCAGUCGCUCUUCCGCACAGUCGUGCGCAACUAUGAGGACAAGCAGUACAAGAAGGGUAUCAAAGCUGCCGACCAGAUCCUGCGGAAGAAUCCCAAGCAUGGAGACACACUGGCUAUGAAAGCUCUCAUCAUGAACUCCCAAGGGAAGACCGACGAAGCCUUUGCGCUUGCCAAAGUGGCCCUCCAGUGUGACAUGAAGUCGCAUGUUUGCUGGCAUGUCUAUGGGUUGCUAUACCGAGCCGUCAAGAAUUUUGAGGAGGCUAUCAAGGCAUACAAAUUUGCACUGAGGCUUGAACCUGAAUCUGCCCAGAUUCAACGGGACCUGGCAUUGCUUCAAAUACAGAUGCGAGACUACCAGGGGUACAUUGUCAGCAGGAGAUCAAUGCUUCAGGCAAGAUCUGGUUUACGACAAAGUUGGACUGCAUUAGCUGUGGCCCAUCAUCUGGCUGGUGACCUUGCUGAGGCAGAGCGAGUCCUGACGGCAUACGAAGAAACCCUGAAGAACCCUCCCUCAAAAACGGACUUCGAAAACUCGGAGGCUGUUAUGUACAAGAACUCCUUGAUUGCUGAACAAGGCAACAUUGAAAAGGCUUUAGAACAUUUGACAGCAGCAGGAAAACACAACCUGGAUAGGCUUGCAGUCUUGGAGCUCCGGGCAACAUAUCUUGCGAAGCUAGAACGAAAAGAGGAAGCUAUCAAAGCUUACCGCGCCCUCAUUGACCGCAAUUCCGAGUACAAGAAAUAUUAUGAUGGUCUCAUAGAAGCCAUGGGGCUUGUGGCAACGGACCACAAGGCCCGAAAGGCAGUGUAUGAUGAGUUCGCGGAGAAGUAUCCUCGAUGCGAUGCAGCUCGACGGUUGCCACUGGAUUUUCUAGAAGGCGAGGAAUUCCGAGAAGCUGCAGACAAGUACAUCCAUCGAAUGCUAGACAAGGGGGUUCCUUCGACCUUCGCCAAUCUCAAGCAUCUUUAUUCGAAUCCGAACAAGAAGGCACUUCUCCCGGCUUUGGUUCAGCAAUACAUCGAUAGUGAUAGAAGCGCUGCGAACGAGGAGCCCAAGAGGAAUGGAGACACGUCAAAAGGCGCAUCCGCUGCUUAUUAUUUCCUGGCUCAACAUUAUAACUAUUACUUGAGUCGAGAUUUGGAGAAAGCCAUGGAAUAUAUCGACAAAGCUAUCGAAUUGGAACCCGAGAGCGUCGAUUUCCACAUGACAAAAGCCCGGAUAUGGAAGCACUAUGGGAACACUCAAAAGUCUUCCGAAAUCAUGGAGAAAGCGCGGACUCUCGAUGUUAGAGAUCGACAUAUCAACACAAAAGCCGCAAAGUAUCAGCUCAGGAAUGAUGAGAGCGAAGCCGCCCUCAAGACUAUGGGCAUGUUCACGAGGGCGGAAACUCCAGGAGGUCCCUUGGCUGAUCUCCAUGAUAUGCAAUGCGUUUGGUUUUUGACCGAAGAUGGCCAAUCUUAUGCUCGCCAGGGGAAGCUGGGCCUUGCGCUGAAACGGUUUACUGCUGUCUACAACGUCUUUGACGUUUGGCAAGAAGAUCAAUUCGAUUUUCACAGCUUCUCUCUUAGGAAAGGGCAGAUCCGAGCUUAUGUAGAGAUGAUGAGGUGGGAGGAUCACCUGCGGGAGCACCCAUUCUAUAGUUGCGCAGCUUUGUCAGCUAUUGAUGUCUACAUUAAGAUCCACGAUAUGCCCUUGACGAAUGGCACGAACGGAUCUGCCGACGCCAACGGCGAAGAUGCUGCUGAAAGAAAGAAGGCAGCAAAGAAAGCUCGGAAAGAGGCUCAAAAGGCUGAGAGAGAAGCCGCAACCAAGAAGGCGGAACCCAACAAGCCUACGCGGGAAGGAGAUUCUGAUGCCAAGAAGAAAGAUGAUGACCCAGACGGUGUCAAGCUCGCUGCUACCUCUGAACCAAUGGCUGAUGCGAUGAAAUUCCUAAUACCUCUACUGCAAUUCAGCUCAAAGAGUAUCAAUACACAAAUUGCCGGAUUCGAGGUGUAUAUUCGAAGGAAAAAGUACCUGCUCGCUCUCAAGUGCCUUCUGGCAGCCGCUGCUCUUGACAGGGAGCACUCGAAAGUCCACGAGCAAAUCGUCAGAUUCAAGCUUGCAAUCGACAAAGAUAUCGAGGGAGUAGCUGCCAAAUCUGCAGAAGUCAUCAAGUCAGAGUUU